AUGGCGAUCGCCACCUCGUAUAUGGCCGCCUACACCAGUUGCUGGCUGGAAAACGCCGUGCUUGUUGGGCUCGUUGACUUUGUCAACGAGACGAUGGUGACUGAAAUGGCCAAAAUUGCUGACGCCUCUGGAAACCCAGGAAGCCUCUACUACAUCAACAUGAGAGGGAACAAAGCACAGAAGAGCUUCAAAGAGAGUGACCUCUACGACUACAGUCUCUUCAAACCGCUUAUGGACGACCCACAAGAACCGAUCAUCCAGCAAUACAACAUGUUGGACACAGAGCAAUCUGGAAUCGUCACGAUCUGCAAAAGAAUGGCCUACUGUCAACCGCCAAGAUGCCCACUCCAAGAGUUUAACCUUUUCGUUGACCCGGCGAUGAUCGAGUACCCGACCGAGGCGAUGACAUUGGGUGGCUACACAUUCAAGCUAAAGUGCCUGCAGAAUGCCUCGAAUUCGGUCCAAAUGAAGUGCACCGAGAAAGGCUACUGGGCCCCUCACCCGUCACUUCUUAAUUGCCCGUCAUUUGCUCCGCCACCACCGGUCGACCGAGGUGAGGAUGAGGUGAUGAACUACACAAAAUGGCACGACAGCUGUGAUGAAUGUAACCCCAAGGGUACCCGGCACUGCUUAUUCCGGGAGAAGGACGAGAAGACCAAGGCCAAGGAGUUCCGAUGUGUUUGCCAGGAUGGAUGGAAUGGCCUCUACUGCACGUUCAAGCCCGAAUUCUGCAGAAAUGCCAGCAAAGACUACUGCAAUCUCGGCAAAUGUGUGGAUGGAGAAAAAGGAGCUCGAUGUGACUGCAUGCGUCUAUGGAUUGGCGGCGAGUUCUGCGAGUACAACUUCACCAAGCGCGCCCUCCUCCCCACCGGUGAUGAGCUCCCUAUCUUCGAUGGAACUUAUGUCAGCUACACGAGUCUUCUCAUCUUGUCCAUCACAAUCCACGUCUCCCAGUCGUGGCUCAAUAUCGCCAAGAGCAACGUCGUCUUCCCCCGAAAUAGUCGGAAGGCUGAUUGCAUCCAGAGCGUCUCACAGAAUUUUGUGGUUUCUGUGACAGCAAUCUGGUCAGGAUUCCAGCUCGUCUUCGACCACCCGCCGAUUUUCGCCGUGAACCUCGUUGCUUGCCGCCUCUCCCAUUGGUUUCUCGCUCUUUGCAGCCAAUUUGUGGCCUGGAACUGGUUAGUCCAAUCGUGGAACGCGUACAUGGUGGUAAGCGGUCGAUCGAUCAACCAAUACAACGAGGACAUCGAUGGAAAAAGGAGAUGGUGGCUUGGACCAUUCACCCUUUCACUGUUCCCCUUCUACGUCUUUUUCUGGUUUAACUCGUUCGUCGCCUUGUACGGCUACAACCAGAUGGGCUCACUCUGGACCUGCUCCGCUCGAUUCACCGCCGAUACGUAUCUCAUUUGGGGACCUGAAUUGGCGAUGCAAGUAGCUCUGUUCGGGUUUGCCUGGGGAUUCAAUAUGGCUGCCCAAUUUAGGAGAGCUCAAACACCGCACGGAUGGAUUUGCACACUCAAAUGGUUUGAAGUUAACCGUCCACUGGAAAUCGAGAAAGCUUUGCGUGUCCACCGCAACCAGGUGUUCAUGUGGUUAGGCCCACCACUCCAGUUAGCCUACUGGAUCGCCGCCAACAUGGCGAGCAACCGGAACACCUGUACCCUCACCUGGACCGCCGCCGCACUUGGAUCUGUUUAUGGGGCGGUCAUCUUCGUGCAAGGACUCAUCACCCACUCGCCGACGUACAAGUAUGUGGUCAAAUACGUGAUGAUCUAUGCCCCGAAAUGGAUGAGCCCGCGCUUCGACCCGACUACACUCAGGAAUCGAUUUGAGAGACUGGCGAAGAACAACAAGGCCCGAUUGCACAAGGAGAAGAAUGAGAAGAUGAAGAAGAAGUUUGGAGAGCUGCCUGCUCAACUCGUCUAUCACGUGCCAACGAAUGGACCGGACACGGCGAUCAGCCCAUGGAAAUUCCACCCAUCGAUAAAGCAGUAUAUUUCGGAGUACAAGAGACGUGUGCUUAUCAAGCAGAUGUUGGUGACUUUCUCUAAUAAGUUUUUACAGCGCCUCGUCAACAACUGCAAGGCGAACAAACUCUUCGAAGGGAAAAGCCAACGGGAUCAGACGUGGGCUCUCCUUGCUAUCGUCCAGAAACAGCUGAUCGACCUUGACCACUUCGAGAUCCCGGACGAUUCCAUCCCGGACAAGUUAUUGUUGACGAAUGCAACGGCUCAUCCAGCGGACCAGUUCGAGUCGAUGAUUCUCAACAUCACCAAAUGGAUCUCGAGCGACGCAUGGAAGAAGGCGAACGCCCGUUACCAGAAAUAUCAUGAUGGAGUGGCACCACUGAUAGCCGUGAUGAAAUGGCUUAAAUACAUCCCACCAAACACGCCGGAUCACGCUAGUCACAUAUCGGUGGAGAAAGACGCCUCUGGGGAGAGAGGAUGGAGACAAUUCGAGAGACCACCGGAGAUCGUCUUGGAGUCACAGCUUCCUGAGCAAUUCGAGUUCCUGGAAGAGGAGCUGGUGAUGAGGAACGAGCGCUAUGAUAAAAUCUACACCGAUGAUCCGAUGUUCGCCCAAUGGAUCGGCACACCGUAUGAAGAGGCUGCACGAGAGAUUAUGAAGCCCGUCGAGGCGUUCAUCUUGGAUGAACAAGGGCAACCCGGGAUGACCAUCAACCCGCGAGAAAAGCCCAUUGAGAACUGGUUCCUCAACGACGCGAGGCCAGGAUUUAUUGGCCCUCGAGAGCGAUCCCCAGUUGAGCUCGGGCCGCUCACCGACCACAUCCGGGCAACGUGCUACUUCCAGACGUGCCUCGACGCCGGCUGGAGACCGAUCGCGAGAACCCAUCUCAACCAGAGGGAACGCUUAUUGAUGGGACCUCAUCCAUUAGACGGAUAUGUCCUUGGCAACCGCGUGGACGCCUUCGAGGACGAUCCAAUUGAACUCCAAUCGGGCAAUCCGUACAAUGGACCGUAU